AUGCAACCUUCUACCACUUUCGACGACAAUACAAUCUCGUCAGUCAAAUUGCAGACUGAACGAACUUCGUCUCUCCCGUCUAUUCAAUCUCUUCCUUUUCCCUUCUCAUCAUCCGGCCCGUCAAACAGCACAAACAACAGCACAACAAUGGCGGCCAAUUCUCCUCACAACGCGCAAACGCCCAGCGCAAUGGGUCCUCCAACCCAUCCUGCCUCAAUCCCUUCCAGGAAGUUGGAUAUUGGCAGUCUGAUGUCGCCUCCAGAUCAAGCUCUCGAUAGCUUCGGAAACGUGUAUCACCACCAUCACAACACUGGAGAGGUCGACGACUCCUCUAGCAAGAACGCUUCAGGAAAGCAUCCAAUGCCAAUGUCUCCUCCCAUUUCGCCUUGCAACAGAGCGAUGGCCACCACCGAGACGCCAACAAACUCAAUCCAGGAUCCCGUCCUCUACCCAUCCGAUGAGGUGCCUUCCAGUCCGGCCCAGACUCCUCUAUUUGCAACCCUUGAGGAUCGUGAUCACAGUCGAACGAUUGAUGAACACAUACAAAAGAACAUUGACGAGAAGAUUUUCAUUGAGGUGCAACCCCCGACACGCAACGACUACGAGCUUGUGAUUUCGUUUCGAUCGCAACUCAACAAAAACUACGAAGUCAACCCAAAGGCAUGGAUGCUACAAGUAAAUAGGCAAGCUCGUGAGGACAAUCGUGCCAUCGCUCAAGCUAAAGCACGCGCUCGUCCCUUGGUAGCCAAAGCCGCAAAGACAUCUCGGCCUCGCACCGAUAAUCGGGUUCAGAAACCUCCCCAGCGAUCUAUUCGCGCUCAUCCUACCAACAGCCCUAAACGACCAACACCCCAAGUCAGUGUCAAUGGCACCGCCGAGCCGAAACCUCGCGCUCAAGGCCCAGACAAGGAUUUCGAAGCACUGCCGAACUUCUGUCCACCGCUGGAGUCGCUCCCCGCCAGAUCAACCGUUCUCAAGGUUGACUGGAAGGGGCAACCACUCGACAACAGCAACGAUCCUCAUCAGAAUCUUCUUCAUCCUGACGAAUUGACGCUGGCAAGCAAUUUGCGACUUGACUGUGCGACGUACCUUACCAGCAAGAGACGCAUCUUCAUCAGCAGGCUCUCCUGUUAUAAGCGAAUGAAAGACUUCCGCAAGACCGACGCCCAACAGGCUUGCAAGAUUGAUGUCAACAAGGCCUCCAAGCUGUGGACUGCUUUUGAUAAAGCCGGUUGGUUUCAAAAGAAAUGGAUGGAGCCAUUUGAGAACAUCAAGCUGAACUAG